AAGUAGAGUAGUGCCAUUGAAGUGAGUCAUCUAAAGACGUGACCUGUAGAAGUAGCGCUGAAGUUCACUUAGUCGCCAAAAUCAGUUCAACAAAGUCCAGAGCGGUACACUCAUCACUGCCGUGAGUCACUGCUAUAGGGACAGGACUAAACCUACGAGAGCACCGAGUUCACUGAAGAAAAGUAGGUGUUUGACAGAUUUUUUUUUUCUUCAUUUCGUCUGGUUCUAGUAGAACAUCUCAGUAGCGAUGAAUAUUAGGCAUUAGGUUUACACGGGACCAUCUAUUUAUUGGACUGUUAAAGAGACUACAGAAUUUGAGAGCGUUGACUUCUCCAAUAAUAUAAUAUUACACAGAUAUGCCUGGAUUUAACAUACUGACCAUUAAGAAGUAUUUUGGAUAUCAUUUUUAGAUUAGGUAUAAAGGAAUCGCUUUGUUUGGAAGUGCUUUUUUGCCACCGAAGACACUCUGAUCGUGUGGGAAUUCAUUAUCAACCUUCUGAAAUUGCCUCCUCUUUCCCUGGAUCAUGUACCAGGAUUACACCGGGACAUACGACACAUCCUCCCACGGCAGCAGCAGCUCUCCGGCGCACCCGGACACCAGCCCCAUUCCUGCCUCCAACUACCAGAAGUACAGAGUAGACAUGCCUGGCUCUAGCAGUGCCUUUAUUCCAACAAUUAAUGCCAUAACGACCAGUCAGGACCUGCAGUGGAUGGUUCAGCCCACAGUAAUCACAUCCAUGUCUAAUCCAUAUUCCCGGCCUCACCCGUACGGCCUGUCGGUGUCUAGUGGCCCGAGCCUCCUCGGCCACACAGCCCUCACACGGCCCGGGGUCAUCCGGUCCAUCGGUGACGCCCGGGGUCGACGCAAGCGAGACGAGCAGCUCACCCCAGAGGAAGAAGAAAAACGGCGAGUUAGACGAGAAAGAAACAAACUAGCUGCAGCAAAAUGUCGGAACCGCAGAAGAGAACUGACCGAGAUGCUGCAAGGGGAGACAGAGAAGUUAGAGGAGGAGAAGGCUGACCUGCAGAAAGAAAUCGAGACCCUGCAGAAGGAAAAGGACAAGUUGGAAUUCAUGUUGGUGGCCCACAACCCCGUGUGCAAACUGCCCCCUGAAGAACGCCACCAAAGCUCACACUCCCAGCAGUGUGCGCCCCUUCCUCUGACCAUGCGCUCCAACCUGGGUCCCCGGGGGCCGAUGCGUACCCUCAACCCAGUGGUGGUUAAACAGGAGCCUUUGGAAGAAGACGACGAUGAGGAAGAAGGACAAAUCCAGCGUUCAGUCAUCAAGCCCAUCUGCCUAGGUGGCGGCAUGUAUUGUUCUGAUGGAGACAGCCUCAACACGCCUGUGGUGGCUGCUUCCACCCCGUUGUCCACUCCGAACAACCCAAGCCUCAUCUUCACCUACCCCAGCAUGCUUGAGCCCGAGAGUCCUUCACCCUCAUCGGAGUCCUGCUCCAAAGCCCACCGCCGUAGCAGUAGCAGCGGCGACCAAUCUUCAGAUUCCCUUAAUUCUCCCACCCUCUUGGCGCUUUGAAGGAAAAAUUGACGGUGCUCCUUUGCCAUUCUCAUGGAUCUCCAGAGCACGCUCAGCUCGGAUUUGAGUGAGAACUUCACCUCAACAAAGCUCAGAACCCUCAAGGGCUAAUUUGCUCAUUUUAUUUAAACGUUUCAGAAGAGGGUGUUUGUUGUCAUUGUUGUUUAAAUGUAUGUGCAAAUCCCACUCGCUGUUUCAGCUACAAAUAGUUGUGAGUUUCCGGAAUGCGGAUGAAAAAAGGGGAGUAGAGAUUUCAUCUUUCAUCUUUAGAAAGGCUCCGAGCAUCUUGCAGUCGGCUGCCUGUACAGAAGAGCAAGAUAUCUCCUGCUGGCUGUCUGACUAAUAAGAGAUUGGAAUUGCUUGCAAGAUGUUGAUAGGUACAGAAUAAGACUUUGGACACUACAAUAGAUAGCUGCCCUCAAAACAUCAUCUUUGGAUUUGUGAUGUGUGAUUAUUGUCCCUUUGUAUUUUGUGUCCUGCUGUGUUUAUGAUAUUUAGGGUUCACUGGAUGAGCCUCACUGCUGAGUGUCGAAAGAACCAUCUUGUAUAAUAAAAUGCUGACCUUUGUUGAUAUUUUGUAUAUGCGGCACAAGCACUAAGACCAUUUGCCAAAUUUACAUAGCUUUUGUUAUGUAAAGCAAACAAAGCAACAAAAACGAAAAAAAAAAAAAAACACUUUCUAGCAUCAGCGAAUCUAACUGUCAGGGAUUUUUGUCUGUGUCAGUGAGCCA